AUGGACAGUCUGCGGAAACACAACGUCUACAAUCUGGUGCCCCUCAGUAGCGUUCCCAAGGGAGAGAAGAUCCUCGCAACGAAAUGCGUUUUCAAGAAAAAGCUGGACGGGCGCUUCAAAGCUCGCCUGNGCGUUUUCAAGAAAAAGCUGGACGGGCGCUUCAAAGCUCGCCUGGUAGUCGGAGGACAUCGUCAAGAGCCAGGACAGGAUUACGGACGCCGCUACGCCCCAGUAUGCCGUAUCGGGAGCAUUCGCAUGACGUGCGCCAUUGGCUGCCACAACAACUGGCCCAUCUACCAACUGGACGUUGUCGGUGCCUUCUUAAACGCCCUCUGCAACAGAGACGUGUACCUCAGACCCGCCCCCGAUACAUCCGCCAAGAACUCCGCGACAGGAGAACUCAUGGUGUACAAACUAGAACGGAGCCUCUACGGCCUAUCGCAGACUCAAUCCGACCCCUGCGUGUACGCGUAUACCAGCGGCAACAUCAUCGUGAUUCUCACGGUCUGCGUAGACGACAUUCUCAUGACGGGAGGAGACCAGCAGCUCGUGCACCAGAAGAAGGAGCUCACGGAUCGAUUCGAGAUGACCGACAUGGGAGAGGUGAAGCGGAUCCUCGGGAUCAACGUAGAGCGGGACUACGAUCAAGGAACCCUGAACAUUUCACAGGAGCACUAUGUGAACACACUUCUGGAACGAUUGGGAAUGCAAGAGGCCAACCCAGUGAGCAUUCCUGGAUACGGAGCGGAAAUUCCACGAAUCAACCUCAGGACCAAAUUCUUGGACCCACGGACCAGAAAAUCUACCACUCGAUGACGGGAAGCAUCCUCUACCUGGCCCAGUGCACGCGAUUCGACCUCUCUUACGCGGCCCUACAAUCGUCCAAGGCCUGCAGCAACCCAGCGCACGUGAACAUGACAGCAGCCAAGCACGUUCUGCGAUACCUUCGGGGUAAUCCAGUUCUUCCUAUCGUCUACAAGAGAGGACAGUUUCGGCUACCGGCGUUUACGGAUUCAUCCUUCGGAGCAAACCCCGACAACGGAAGAUCUACCACGGGACCUCUUCUUCCUGGCUGAAGGACUCAUCAGCUACGGUGCGAAGACUCACUCUAACCGCGCAAAGCACGGUCGAAGCCAAGAUUCAAGCACUUAGCUACCCAGCCAGAGAGGCGGUCUAUGUCUCAAAUUUUAUGACGGAACUCAACUUCAACACCUUCGGAUCUGUUCCCAUCAACAGCGACAAC